AUUAAGUACCAAAUUAUGUUUUCUCUCCAUGGGUUUGAAAGGGACAAACUGCUCUGCCGUUUUAAACUGAACUAAAAUAGCAGUGGUAAAUAACCUUUAUACAGCAGCACGACCGACUGCGGUGGGGACGAGGAAACUGUGUAAAACAGGAUCACUCAUCAUAGUUUAAUCAUGGCCUUCAGCAAAGGUUACCGUAUUUACCACAAACUGGAUCCACCCCCCUACAGUGUCAUCGUGGAGACACGAAAUCGCGAUGAGUGCUUGAUGUUUGAGUCUGGGGCUGUUGCAGUUUUGUCUGCUGCAGAGAAAGAGGCCAUCAAAAACACAUACACCAAGAUGCUGGAUGCGUAUGGCAUUUUGGGAGUUCUCCGCCUCAACUUGGGAGACUCCAUGCUGCACAGUCUUGUGGUGGUGACCGGUUGUAGCUCAGUGGGGAAAGUCCAAGACUCCGAGGUGUUCCGGGUCACAGCCACGGAAUUUGUGUCCCUGAAGAAUGACCCGUCCGAUGAGGACCGCAUAUCAGACGUUCGGAAGAUCCUCAGCUCGGGGAACUUCUACUUCGCCUGGUCGUCCACUGGGGUCAGCAUGGACCUGAGUCUCAACGCCCACCGCAGGAUCAAAGAGGACACCACAGAUAAUCGCUUCUUCUGGAACCAAUCCCUCCACCUCCACCUGAAACACUACGGGGUGAACUGUGACGAUUGGCUCCUGCGUCUUAUGUGCGGUGGCGUGGAGAUCCGCACCAUCUACGCGGGCCACAAGCAGGCCAAGGCCUGUGUCAUCUCCAGGCUGAGCUCAGAGCGGGCCGGCACGCGCUUCAAUGUCCGCGGGACCAACGACGACGGCCAGGUGGCCAACUUUGUCGAGACUGAGCAGGUCAUUUUCCUUGAUGACAAAGUGUCCUCAUUCAUUCAAAUCCGUGGCUCUAUACCACUGUUCUGGGAACAGCCUGGCAUUCAGGUUGGCUCUCACCGUGUCAAGCUGUCUCGAGGCUUUGAGGCGAACGCACCAGCUUUCGAGAGACAUUUCACUGGAGUGCGUGGACUCUAUGGAAAGCAAGUGAUCCUCAACCUCUUGGGGAUGAAGGAGGGAGAGCACAUGCUGAGCAAAGCCUUCCAGAGCCAUCUGAAAGCUUCUGAACAUGCAUCCACAGUGAGGAUGAUCAACUUCGACUACCAUCAGAUGGUCAAGGGAGGCAAAGCAGAGAAGCUGCACAGCGUGCUCAAGCCCCAGGUCAGCAAGUUCCUGGAGGAAUGCGGCUUCUUCUACUACUCUGGAGAAACAGGCAUCCAGAGAUGCCAGACUGGGACCCUUCGCGUCAACUGUCUGGACUGCUUGGACCGAACCAAUAGUGUCCAGGCCUUUUUUGCACUAGAGAUGCUGCCCAAACAGCUGGAGGACAUGGGGCUGACGGAGAAGCCGCAGCUGGUGGCUCGCUUCCAGGAGGUCUUUCGCACCAUGUGGUCCGUCAACGGAGACUCGGUCAGCAAGAUCUACGCCGGUACAGGAGCCCUGGAUGGCAAGGCUAAGGGGGGAAAGCUGAAAGACGGCGCCCGCUCGGUCACCAGAACCAUCCAGAACAACUUCUUUGACAGCUCCAAGCAGGAGGCCAUUGACGUCCUGCGGCUGGGCAGCACCCUGAACAGCGACCUGGCCGACAAGGCCCGCGCCCUGCUCACCACCAGCAGCCUUUAUGUCUCUGAGCCCGUAUUACAAUCAGCGUCACCAAGAGUUUUACUGGGCAUGUGCCAGAACUAUCACAAGUACACCCAGCCCAAGCAGAUCAGGGUGUGCGUGGGCACCUGGAACGUCAACGGUGGCAAGCAGUUCCGCAGCAUCGCAUAUCGGAACCAGACCCUCAAUGACUGGCUCCUGGACGCCCCCAUGAAGGCAGGCCACCCAGAAUUCCAAGAUGGCAAAGCUGAGCCUGCAGACAUCUUUGCCAUUGGCUUUGAGGAGAUGGUGGAGCUGAAUGCUGGAAACAUAGUCAGUGCAAGCACCACUAAUCAGAAGCUGUGGGCGGCCGAGCUGCAGAAGAACCUCUCCCGCGAUUGCAAAUAUGUGCUGCUGGCGUCCGAGCAGCUCGUUGGAGUGUGUCUGUUUGUGUUCAUCCGCCCCCAACACGCCCCGUUCAUUCGGGAUGUUGCUGUGGACACAGUGAAGACCGGCAUGGGCGGAGCUACAGGCAACAAAGGGGGCGUGGCCAUUCGCUUGCUGUUCCACACCACCAGCAUGUGCUUUGUGUGCUCACAUUUUGCCGCCGGCCAAUCACAGGUCAAGGAGAGGAACGACGACUACAAUGAGAUUACGCGCAAGCUCACCUUCCCAAUGGGUCGUCUGCUGUACUCCCAUGACUACGUGUUCUGGUGCGGAGACUUUAACUACCGCAUCAGCAUGCCCAAUGAGGAGGUCAAGGAGCUGAUCCGCCAGCAGAACUGGGACUCCCUCAUCGCUGGAGACCAGCUGGUGGACCAGAAGAACGCUGGUCUGGUUUUCCGCGGCUUCAUUGAGGGGAAGUUAGACUUUGCUCCCACCUACAAAUACGACUUGUUCUCUGAGGAUUAUGACACCAGUGAGAAGUGCCGCACGCCGGCCUGGACCGACCGAGUGCUGUGGAAACGCAGGAAGUGGAACUUUGACAAGACCGCUGAGGAGAUGAAUAUGAAUGUGGUGGGCGCUCCUUCAUCUGAAGAGGAGGAUAUGACGCCCUGGAGCCCAGGAACACUCAAGUACUACGGCAGAGCUGAACUCAAGACCUCUGAUCACAGACCCGUGAUGGCCAUCAUAGACGUGGACGUGCUGGAGGUGGACCCGGAGGCGCGUCACCAGGUCUACAAGGACGUGAUCGCACUGCAGGGUCCCCCCGACGGCACCAUCCUGGUGUCGCUCUGCACCUCUGGACCAGACGACUACUUUGACGACGCGCUGAUCGACGAGCUGCUCGACAAGUUUGCCGCCUUCGGCGAGGUCAUUCUCAUCAGGUUUGUUGAGGAGAAGAUGUGGGUCACGUUCCUGGAGGGCUACUCUGCUCUGGCCGCACUGUCACUCAGUGCGUCUGAGGUGUUGGGGAAGAUCAUAGAUGUGCGUCUGAAGAGCCCGGGCUGGAUUAAGAGCCUGGAGGACGAGAUGAGUGUGGAGAGAGUCUUUGGCAGCAUCCCCACCUCGGCCAGCUCCACGCUGCUAGCAGAGGACUCCUACGUGGGAGAGGACGAAUUCGACAUGGAGGGUGACGUGGAUGAGGAAGUGGAGGAGAUCCUACCGCAGCACCUGCAGCCUGGAGCGGGCGUCGGCCCCGGCUCGUCCCCACUGCCCUCCCCCCGCGGCAGCCCCUGCCACUCGCCCACCCACGGGGAGCCGGCCGCCCCUAGCCGCCCCAGUCGGGCACCACCGCGCUCCACUGGACAAGCACAGGGAAGUUUAAGCCCCGUGCCUUUCAGGAGAGAUCUGUCAGGUUCUCCAGUGGACUCUGCAAUGGGCGGACCGUCGUCUCAGGGUUUGGAACCCAAGCGGGCCCCUCCCCCGAGGCCCAACGCGCCUCCGGCUCGUCCGGCACCCCCACAGCGCCCACCACCGCCCUCAGGCGGUAGAAGUCCCAUACCUGGUAGAAGGGAUUCAGCAGGACAAAAAAGCCCUGCAUUAUCCCGAGCCGACCCUGCAGGGCGCGGCCAGGCUGCUGCAGGAGCAGUCGGACGACCGAAUAUCCCAGCGCGUGCAGGGGUCAUCAGUGUUCCACCGGUGGCCAGACCCCCACCCCCGGCUCACCCUGGAGCUCCGCGCCCCGCGGCUGACGUGCACCCCGGAGCCCCACGGCCGGCCCCCGACAUGCACCCCGGAGCGCCGCGCCCCGCCCCCGAAGCCCAGAGCAGACCAGCGCAGCCGCCCGCCGGUCCACCUCCUGCAAUACCAGGACCUAUGAGACCCCAGAUGGCACCUCCCAUGCAACCCCAGAUGGCGCCUCCCAUGCAACCCCAGAUGGCUCCCCCCAUGCAGGCGCAGAUGGCGCCUCCCAUGCAGCCUCAGAUGGCGCCCCCCAUGCAGCCUCAGAUGGCGCCUCCCAUGCAGCCUCAGAUGGCAACCCCUAUGCAGCCUCAGAUGGCGCCUCCCAUGCAACCCCAAGCAUCAGUGCAGCAGCGUCUGCCGACCCCUCUCCUGCCCUCUCCGAUGCAGCCGCAGUCGGCCGCCGGCGGCCCCCAGGCAUCUUCUCCGGUCGGCCCCCCGCCACCCCAGCCGGGCCUGGCCUCCCCCAAGCCCCCGCCGCGCAGCCGCUCCUCCCACACCAUCCCCCCGGAGUCGGCCCAGGGCCCAGCCCCAGCCCCAGCCCCGGCUCCAGCCUCACAGGUCAACGGACUGAACGGCCUCCAGCGAGAAGCACAAUGGAAACCAGACCCCUUCGACACGCUGUCCUCCGACCUCUUCCCUGCGCCCUCCUCCUGGCUCAACACCCAGUCCCUGACCCGCAGCAGCUCGCUGCGCUCCGGCCCACUCCCGCCGCCCCAGCCCCGCUCCUCGUCCUCGGCCACGCUGCCCCCUGCCUCCCGCUCGCUGCACUCGGCGCCCCUCUUCUCCACCGCGUCCUCCUCCUCGCCCUCGUCGUCCCCCCUGCAGGCGCCCUUCUCCUCAUCCUCCUCUUCCUCCUUCUCCUCUGCCUCUGCGUCCCCGGCGACGUGGGACUCGUCGUCCGGCAGCACGCCCUCCCUCCUGCCGCCGCCGCCACCGGUGCCGUCGCGCAGCCGCUCGCAGGAGACGCUGUCACGCGUCUCCCCCAACCCCUUCCUGAGCGAGCAGCCCCCCGCCCCCAGCAGCAGCAGCAGCAGCAGCAACCCCUUCACGGGCGGCCUGGCUCUGGCCCACACGCAGCGCCGCUCGCUCACGCCAGACUUCUCCGCACAGCAGCAGGCUCAGGCCGCCUCGGCCUUCCAGAGGACCAUGUCCGCCAUGUCUGCUUUCGCCCCCAAACAGCCCGCCUUCCCACUGACCCCACUGACCCCCCUCACGCCCAUCCCCAUCCCUGCCCCUGCUGUCGCCCCUCCUGCCCCUGCCCCAGACACGCGCAAGCAGCAGUGGGUCACGUUCGACGAUGACUCAGACUUCCUGCUCAGAGGGAAGGCCUCCGCCACAGCGGCGGCGGCCGCAGCCCCCCUACUUCCUCUCUCCACGCCCAGCCCAGCGUCGUUUACACAGGCCCAAAUGCAGCCUCCCGCCUCUGGCCUCGGCAUCGAGAACAGCUGGGGCUCCACCUCCUCUUCCUCCUCCUCCACCAUGUCAUUUCCCAUCCUGCCGCCCCCCCUCCCCACCAGGACUAACCCAAACCACCCACACAUACCCACACGAACGAGCGAGUUCACCGAGAGAUGAGUGUGUUGAUUGAUUGUUGUUCAAAGAGUGCGUGCGCGGAAAAGAAUAUCUAGAGAAACAUAUUGCGUACAUGUAUGUGUAUUAUGGUUUGUAUAAAGUGCGGUGUAUAGGACAGGUUUGAACUCUUCAUUCCCAAUCCCCAUUAACCAGGCACUCAAAGUCUGUCAUUUAAGAAAACGUAGAGAUAUUCCAUGCAGCAUCAUUGCACGAGAUGGGAUCAAGAAUAUCAGAUGUUAUUUUCAUUUAAGCAGGAGAACUGUGCCUGUGUCUGUUAUAUUUAUGAAAAGUAUAUACAAAUAUAUAUAUAUAUAUAUAUACAUACAUACAUAUAUGCGCACAGAUGUGUGUGUGUGUAUGUGUAAAAUACUGUGCAAUACUGUUGUAUGGCCAUAUGCUACCAUUUUACCAGUUAGCCGAAGUCUGCACAAUACGUAGUGGACCACCUGCACACACAGAUUUCUUUGUCAUGGUCACUGUGGCCUCUUCCACUAAGACUUCCAGCUGACCCCCCUCCCCAAAACACAUUAUACUAUGCCCCUGGAGACUCUUUGUAUUGCUUUAUUUUACUUAUGCACCUGAGCAGGAAUGAUUUUAAUGGGAUGUCACAAGAACUGCAGCGACUCACAUGCCAGGCUACGCCUGUUAGUUGUCACCACAGUCAUAUCAGUAAGAGAAGUAGCCUGAACCAUUGAUAUUAUUUUUCAGUAGUGCUUUCUUUGCCAUGAAUGUACAUUCAGUUUGCUUUGCCUCUUGUCUCGACAAACGCAUAUUCGUGUGUGCAAGCAGUCAGCGCAAAUGGCAUGUUGCAAGCCACUGCAAAGGUUACUUAGCACUGGCGACUGGACCCCUUUUGACGGACAGACACUGGUCAGUGCCAGUCAGUAUCAUGUGUCCACAUGUGGCGUCUCUUGUGCCCAUACUGUAUCUUAAUGCAUACUAACAGAAGCAUUUCCCCUUCCAUGUAUUGUGAAACCAGCAACUUGGUGUGUAUAUAUAUAUAUUUAUGGUAUAUACAUGUCAUAUCUAAAAUGCACUGAAAAGUCAAUGUCUUUGGGGCUUUCAAGGUUUGUUUUGAAGCCAAAGUUUGAGGCGUCUGGCUUACGUCUGGCUUACUGGCAGAGCAUAUCAGUUCCACUGGCAUAGUUAACUUCAGUGUGCCACACACUCUUCGGCUACGUGUGAUCUAGUGCUUCUGUGUCUUCUGAUCCAAAGCAUUGAGCAGUACUGCUGUAUAUUUAAUGAAUUUUAAUGAAUGUGGUGUAAUUGUUCUGUUAAGAUAUGAUAUCCAGACGUUAUUGAUAGGAAGCCGUGGUCCACAUCGGUGUUUGUGUUUGUGAGUGUUUGAAGUGUGCGUGUAUGUGAGAGUGCAAUGAACUUGUGCUGGCUUUUUUCUUUUGAAGUCCACCUCUAGAGAUGAAAUUUAAAUUUUGGUUUUAAUUAAUUGGUUUUAAUUCUGGUGUUUUUGUUUCAAUCUGUAAAAGUACUGUCUUCCUGUCACAUAAUGCAUACUGUGUGCGUGUGGAUGUGCAGGCUGUAACAGGACCACUGUGUUUUCUCAUAGCAGUAGAUGCAUUUUAAAAGGAAACUCGCUCUUGGAUAGAAAUGGCUGCCGACCCUAUCAAAGUGGCUGCCAUGAAUAACACCUUCAACAAAACGGUCUAGCUUUUUGGAUCAUGUACGAAAGGGCAGGCAUGCACAUUUGCAAUGUAUAUCAGAGAAUAUGCUGCUUGUCCGCUUAUUACUCUUUGUAGGACUUUGUGAAAAGAGUUGCUUUCAGCACUGCCAAUGUCUAUUGCUCUUGGGUUUCCACCUUCCUACAUUUUAAAAAAUGAGUUUAAAACAGUGGCACCUCUAGGCCACCGUAUUAUUUUUCACAACUGUACCACUCCCACAAGGCAACACAGCUGAGCAGUCCUUUGCUGCAGUGGGUGGCCAUGCGGGGACGUUUUGUGUGAUGGGACAUUUUUAUCAGAUUUCACAGCUUUCAGUAUUUGAAACAUUUCCAUGAUCAGUCAUUGCUUUUCAUCAUGCCCCUUCUUAAAUAAACAGACACUUGUGUGAAGGAUUCUAACCAUGGCACCAAAAGUUUUAUGUAUGUGUUUAAAUGUGGUCUUGUCGAAGCAGCAGUGGCGUCAGUAUUGUACCUUUUAUCGUACUACCUACUAUUUCUGUAUUGUUGGGUUUACAUGUAACUGCACAUGCAUUAAUGAACAUCAGUGGAUGGCUUAAAUGUGGAGGAUUGCACAUGGCACGUGGAGGAUUGCAACAUUACCCUUUGAGCGAGGUGGUCCAUUCCUUUCUACUGGAAGCCUUGAUGGCACCACCAGGUAGCUUGUUUUGACUUCUUUUCUAAAAAGGGGCAAGGCCUUACCAGUGAUGGAAAGUGCAGGGUAAGAAAAAUGCCUCCUAGUAGCCUACUAAAUCCAGUGCAUCAUUUGCUCAGUAACAGUAACAGCCACUUUCUGUAUUUACACUCACUGAUUAGGGAUGUCUUUGCAACAUGAUUUCAUGACCGUUUAGUUGGUGUGAGAUCACUUCCGGUAGGAACUCUUGGAAAGCUUUGAUAUUGUGAUUGGGGUGUACAGUGAAUGAGAGCGUUCAAUCUGAGACUUAGAGCCAGAGGCAUAAGGGGAUCGCUUUUACUUAAAAGGCCAGAUUUUCUAGGAGUCUGUUUACUCCCUUUGUGAGGUGAAUGUUCCCUUGUAGCUGUAACCCAGUAGUGACAAAAAUGCUGUUGUUGACCAUAUUCUGUAUAUCAAAGAAACCAGGAACUACAGACCAUUAAUUAGUAUUUAAACAUCUGUGAUUCAUGUGCAAAACUGAGUGCACAGUUCUUGUAUGAAGCAAUUGGUGUUGUAUGUAUGCAAUAAUAAAUAUAUAUCAAUCUGA